CAAACGUGAACGCGUGUGGUUGUGCAAAUUGGAAUAAAAGCAAUAAGAAAGUAAAAUCAAAGUGAAACACAAACAACAAGAGGCGAAGAAAGAAGCAAAACAAAAACCAAUAACGUAGAAGAAACGCGGUUUUUACACAACGAUUGAAAAAAAAUACAUAAAAAGGGAGAUAAAGUAAAUAAAUUCGAUUUUUUUCUACAAGAAACAGACACUGGUUAAAACCCCCAAAAAAUAAAAAUACGAAACAAUUUAUUUUUAACGGCUAACGUCACUUUAAUUUUAAACGAAAAAAGCGUGUUUUUAAUUUAAACAGAAACAAAAUUAAUUAAGGUGCUUCACACAAAAAAAUUUUGUAAUAAACAAACAAUCAACAGUCGAACAUUAAAUAUAACAGCAAAGUACAGUCUAUAAACAAACAACAACUACUGCAUUACAAAGCGGCAACAAUAAAGCAAUAACAAAAACAACCAAGUUAAGCAACCACCAACAAUCAUAUAUCUAUUUACCACUAAAGAAGUAACAAUAAAUCCUACAUUUUUUAAAUACAAAAAUCAUAUUACGUUAAAAUAGAAAAAAAUGGUAUUAACAAAUUUUGAAUUAUGGGCUGCUGAUGGCUCAUCUGGAUCAAACUUGCCUUUGGAUUUUGAAUCUAAUAAUCCUCAUACACGUCACUUGAAUCCUUUUGAUCCACGUGUAGUGCCUCAAUUAAACUCGAAUUUAAAUAAUUUAUCAUCAAAUGGUUACUAUGGAUUCUCCUAUGUAAAUGCGGCUCAUGAUAAUAAUAAUAACAACAACAAUAAUAAUAAUAUUACUACCAAUAAUAACAAUAGUACAACAUACAAUUUUAUGGCAAAUAAUGAUGUCAAUGGCAUGAAAAAUACAUUCAAAACUACUACACCAACAACAACUACACGUUGUAAAAAACGUUUCUUCGUUAUGAAUGAUGAUGUUGGUGCUGCUGCUGCUGACGCUGUCGGCGAUUGUUCUGCUGCGAACAACAACAACAAAAACUUUUACAGCAAUAACUAUGAGGUUUCAGCCAAACGUUGCCGUUUCGAUGAUGACUUUUCAGCUCAGUAUUGUAAUGAUUUCUUUCAGUUACCUUCAACACAAAUUGCUACACAAUCGUGUUUAAUGGACACUGAAGAAGGCUUUGAAAAUAACAACAAUAAUAAUAAUAAUAAUAACAAUAUUGAGAAAUAUGAACAGCAAACAUUAAACCCGCAAUUACAAACUUUAACUGCUCACCAACAACAACCACAACAACAACAAAACAGCCAGCAGCAGCUGCCAUCACAGCAACAGCACCAACCUCAGCAACAACAACAUUUAUAUCAUCAACAACAACACUAUCAAGACAUACAAUUUGCCACAAUCAAAUGCCACUUCAACCACAACAACAAUUAUUGUGACACGUUAGCAUUAAACAGUCAUACAUGUAAAAUUGAUUUAGAGAAAAAUACUGAAAAUGUAUUAAAAAUUCACAAACCAAAUCCAAAUAAUUCAAUACAAAGUGAAAAUGAUAAAUAUGAUAAUGAUGUUGCCAAUGACUUUAAAGUAGAUGAUGCAACCCUAUUUGCACAACUACAUGGCGGUUGUUUGCAUCAUCAUGAUCAUCAUCAAUUCAAUAGCACAGUUGUUUCUAGUAGAGGGGAUUACACUGUUAAAAAUUACCCGAUGAAUCAUCAUCUACAAGAUGAAAAUUAUUAUGAAGAAUUUUGAAUAUUGAAAAAAACUCAUACGUGACUUAAUAAUAAUAAUAAAUCUGUAAAUUAAUUUUGCUGUAAAUA